UCAUUGACUUCCAUGGUAUUGCUUCUGAGAACCUGGAAGGAGCAAAGACAUGCUGACAUUUUUGCAUUGAUUAAAUCACAUUUGGGUGUGAUGGAGCCUGCAGCUUCGUGUUUAGCUGGAUUCUUCAUGGCCUUUCUUCUCUUACAGAUCACUGUACUCACCCAAGCUAUGAGCUUGGAUAUACAGAUUAACAUUCAGGUUCCAGAUGAAGAAGGGGUACUGGUGGAGUGUACUUCAGGAAGUUUGAUCCCACCUGCUGAGAUGACAUGGAGAGACAGCAAGGGGAAUAUAAUUCCACAUUCAUCAAAAUUUGACUCUCAGGAUGGAUUAUUGUACUUGAAGAGCAGCAUUCUUCUAAAGAACAGAACACAUGGUCCUGUUACUUGUUCCAUUUACAAUGUAACUACAAAUCAAGAGAAAAAGAGAAGCAUUGUCCUACCAGAUGUCCUCUUCAAACCAGAGUAUAUGUCAUUGAUGGCAAAGAGACCUUCAUGUCCUGUAAUAUAUUUGAUCAUUAUACUUGUUUUAUAUUGUCUCAGAGGAAUACUUGUUUGUUGUCUCAAAUGGAAAACAUGUGAAUUCAUGAGAGGUUCGAAUAAAAUGAAGCUUUGCUAUGAGUUUAUGUGGGAGUGUCUACCAUUAGUUUUGUAUAUUGGCUUCCUCCCUCUCUAUUUGAAUUUCAGGAGCAGAGCUUCUAUUUUGGACAAUGCAUACCCACUGUACAGUAAUUGGCUGUGGGAUGUAUGCAUAAUCUUGGUUGUAAUGAUGCUAUUUUUCACUGGACUCAUUCUGCUUCUAUUUGUGACUCUAAACACCAAAGAACAGAAAGCACUGUGCCAACCACCGGAGGAUGAAAUCCUACCCUUAUACCAGCUUUCACAGGAGUUCACAGAACAACGGUCACCAUCUCCGUUCCUCAGAGAUUGCAGAGAGGAAACGGCCCAGCUCCAAGGAAGUAUUGUAGAGGAGAUCUUCAAUCAGCCCCAAGGAAGCUGUGAAGAGGAGAUCUUCAAUCCUCUUCAGCCCUUAAGAUUGAAUUGCAGUCUCAACUCGGGAACCUGAGACAGUAAAGAAAGAGAGGAAAGGAUUCUGAUUUGAACUAUAAAAUUUAUAUCUGCAAAAUAUACAAUUGAGAGGUUCUUUGAUCAAAUUUUGUUCUGUCUAAAAAGUGUAGAUUUUUAAAAAUACAUUUUUAAAUUAAAAUACAAUUACAUUGCAUCUCCCUUCUCUUUCUUCUUUAUCUCCUUUAAUGUACCCUCCUUCCAAGCCUUCCCAUGCCCCCUCAAAAUGAUAGUCUCUUUUUCUUUAUUUUUGUUAAACACACAUAUAUGUAUAUGUAUGCACAGAUAUAUAAAUACAAGGUGCUGAGACUGUUUUUGUUGUUUGUAUAUGUAUUUUCAGGGCAAAAAAUGACAUUUUUAUUUUGAGCUUUGUCAUCAUAUAGAUGACAAUGAGUGUCCAUGUGGCCUGUGAUGCAUACUCUCCUCCACAUCUUAAACUCAGUAAGGACUGAAUCAACAUGGAUUUGUUUAAAAUUAUUCUUUGACAAAUUUUCUUCAAAUGUGAACAUAGGAUUUCA